AUGGACCACCAAACCACUCCAAAGCCUGAUCUUGGUCUCCUCGCGGAGCGCGCAGGAAGCCUCUCUGCGGAGCUGAAUGGCUUGCAGCUUACCUGCGGCCAUGAAAGUACUGCUGAAGAUAUCCAAGCUGUGUCCAAGGAGCUCAUUCUGCUUUCUGAUGAACUUUCCGGUCUCGAAAAGGCUGUCAAUCGUCAUGGGGAGCAAUACACCACGGCAUUUCAUCAAGAUCUGGCUGAAAUCCUCGCUCAUCUGCACGGAAUUCUUGAUGAUGUUUUCGACUGUGCUACGGCAAUGAGAAAGUCCGACAGACCAGACUUGAAUGCCAUUGGUUGGCUUCACAAGAAGAGAUAUGUGAACAAACUGCAGAAACAUCUCGCUGCAAGCAAAACAACCUUGACCGUCAUGCGGACCGUUAUCCGCCAUGGAAAAGCCUAUGGCACUCAAAACUCACCUGGCCGACUAGCAGAAUCCUCCCCUCAUACCCUUUCCGAAGAUUGGGCAAUCCUUGAGUCCGUCUUUGCCAGCAGGAACGCCAUCACAGACCUACAAAACCUUGCACGGACCACUCCUCAAUACAGUUCACCAUCAUCUCACGAAAGUCCUGGUGAGACCCCUUCCUUUGAACCGGGUGCUCAUGGUCGGAAGCUAUCCUCAGCAACUGGUGUAGAUGUCCCUCUUGUGGCAGACGUCCUUCCAGCGAGCAGACAUCAAGAAACCAAACAAAAAGAUGAUCAGCUCGUACGUAGGUUCUCCAAACGUGGUGUUCGACUUGUUGUGCAUAGCUCGAUACUAGACUUGAACGCACACGAUGUGCCCAAUUCCCUCAAGCACAAGUGGAUCUCUCAUGCUCACGCUCGGGACCCAUCGAUUGCACAGCUAAGUCAAAUCCCAGAAAUCGACACGAUGCCCAGCAGGCUUGAGCGGCGUGUUACCACUGGAGAUGAUAUCGCCAGUGAGACUCCAGAAGCCAAGUCAAAGAAACGCAGCUUGACUCUGAUGAGCACUCCAGGUGCCAGGACCCUGAGCAAAGUGAUCAGCCGCCUGUCCAAUACCGGUUUGGGUGACGAGAGCAAGAAGGAUGAUGCUGAGCCAAAGGCUGGCUGGAGCUACCGUCUGACAAAGCCGUUUGUCAAGCCCGAAUUGACCACCCCCGAUUUCAGCAAGGAUCACGAAAGUGCUGCACUGCGUUAG